GAGAUACAUUUAAUGCGUAUUCAGUUCUUAGUGAACAUUCGUACAGAUCGUGUUUACUCGAGCUCCUCAAGAACUCUUAAAGAAAGAUGCGCUCGCCCGCUAUCAUCUUUACCUUCUGUCUAGUCGGUGCUUUGGCGCUCACAGAGGAUCAAAAAGCCAAAUUGGAGGAAUACAGGACAGCUUGCACCACAGAGAGCGGCGUCGACCCACAGGUGGUAGAAAAUGCAAAGAAAGGCAAUGUUGCUCAGGACGAUGAAAAACUUGCUUGUUUCUCCUUCUGUAUGCUGAGGAAGAUCGGAAUCAUGGACGAGAAUGGAGACAUCAAGGAAGACGUUGCCAAGGAAAAGAUGAUAGCAGGCGGAUCGCCCGCGGACAAAGUUGAUAAUGUGGUCUCCAAAUGCAAACACAUCACUGGUCCCAACAAGUGCAAGAAGGCUGGUAACUUGAUGAAGUGUUUCUUAGAGAACAAGAGCUUCAACGUACUUGAAAGCAACUAAAAAUUAAACUGUUGAAAGAAAAUGAUUUAAUUCGCAAUUCAACACAUUUCGUAUUUUAAAAAACACAAAAUAUUUGUAGAUUUAUAUUAAUAAAUUAUAAUACUUUAACACUA